AUGCCAUGCCACCACACGUGUGCCAACAGACGAGCAUACCUGACGCUAACUGAUCACGACAUACCGCUCAAAGCCCAAAUCGGAAUCCGUGACGUUUGGAAAAAGGAGGAUGGCGCACUCCAAACGGCCAUCAGGAAGCUCGAAGAAAUCUUGGGCCACGAGGUGGACGCUGAGCCCGAAUGGCAUCUUUUGAUCGCCGAGCUUGACUGCUAUUAUCCCGACAAACUGGACCUCGUGGCUAGCGUCACCGGGUGCGUUCUAGUAUGGGUCAAGAGCAUGAUCGAGCUUUUGGAUGACUCUGAACACGAAGCGUGGGGGGAGCAGUUGCUGGAAAAGGUCCCCUCUCGCCUCAGGAUCUUUAUAGCCGUUGCGGACUCGGACAAGGCCGCCACGUCGUGGUCGGAGCAGCGGCGAGGGUUUGUCGUCUCUCUUCCCAAGAAACAGACCUUUCAGCUUCAACCAACCGAAUUGUUUCCCAUCUUUCGUGGCAACCUCCUUACUUGCUUCGAUACCGACAAGAAGCAAACCGAGCUUCCGGUUCGGGAUGCCCAGGCCACCACGACACCUGGAGACGACUGGGCAGAGGUAGAGGUCAAUGUCGACGCCUCCAAGCCACGAGCAAAGGUCGAGUUUCUUCCCGACGCGGCGUCUCUACCACGCCCCGACCAGCUGUUUCUUCGACCGCCCUAUUACCUGACCAUGACGGCAAGCACCAAGAGGAUCGAGUUGCACUGCAGCCACAGCCCUACCCUUCAGUUCUUGUCGGAGUAUCUGCAACGCUGGUGUCGGGUCAAUCGCCAUGAUACCACCAAUCCUCCAGCUGUCCAGAUAACGCUCCAUCAGUCUGCGUUCGGGCUGGGCGAAAUGUUCAACUCGCUCGUCCUUAGCACGGAGCACACCCGGUACACAAACGAGUUCCAAGUGACGGCGCCCAUGGUUGCUGCUUUGAUCGAGGGUGUGCUGGGAUACGAGCUGUUGCCGGCACUGGGUGGUUGGAGCUUUCGGAGGGAUGUUGAGUUUAAAACGCUGUGA